AGAAACUCCACAAAUCCCUUCAUCGUCAAGAAUCAUUAUGUCCUUCACAAAAGGCUCACAGGCGGCGCGGGACGUCAUCAAGUUCCUACACACCAUGGGACGACUGAAAGAUACCGCACGCCGCGGCUGGGUGGAUAACGCGCUGCCGAACCCGGAGUCCAUCAGCGACCACAUGUACCGUAUGUCCCUCAUGUGCAUGAUGUGCCCUGACACGGCGUUAAAUCGCGAUAAGAUGAUCCGCAUGGCCCUCUGCCACGACACCGGCGAGAGCAUUAUUGGAGACAUCUCCCCAGCCAUGAAGGUGCCGAAGGAGGUAAAGAAGCAGCAGGAGACGCAGGCGGUGCAGGAUCUGUGCGAGCUGGUUUCCUCCUCGCCCGACACCACCUUCAGCAAAGAGCUCGGCGACCUCUUCAACGAGUACGAGGCGCAGGAGACGGCGGAGUCGCACUUUGUGAAGGACAUGGACCUCCUCGAAAUGAUUGUGCAGGCGCAUGCGUACGAGCGGAUGAACCCAGGCAAGGAUCUGGCCAGCUUUUUCUUGUCCGGAAAGCACAUCCAGCACCCCUGGGCCCGCGCCAUCUUUGAGACAUUAGAGGAGACCCGCCCGUUUCUGCAGUGGGAAAGGGAGCAGCAGCAGCAGAGGGAGUCUAACAUAUGA